UGUAUAAAUCUUUAUAAUUAGUAUAUAUGUAUAUUUAGGGUUUAGAUCUGAAUGUGCGCGAAAAUAGGAAGUCGUUUCAACCACAGUCUGUAUUUAUGUAUAAAUAUAACUGACGGUUGUGUUCGGCUUCUAAGCUACACCCAUGUGCACUUACGGUAAAAAUAGGCUUUUUGUUGUUUUGUUUUUUUUUGGUUAAACACCUGCCUGAAGUGGUGUGUAGCUUUAAUGACUGUGGUGUGGUCCUAUUGAAGGGCAGGUGGUUUCCGAAGGUGAAAACGAAAGGUAAAUGUUAGAUCAGGUAGGUUGAUUUUCUUAUGCGGAAAGUGAAAGGAAUUGCGCAUUUGAGGCUUUGUUGUCUCGUCACAGCUUAACUCAUCAACAGAGCAUAUGAUCACUUGCAUCCAGAUUCCAUUCAGUUCACAGAGCUUUGCCUGAAAGGAUGGCAGAUAAUGUAAGAGGUGAAGCUGAUGGACCUAGUGACAUUUCAGUAUGUGGUGAGGACGCAACUCAAAUAACAGAAAAUAACAAACAGAAAAAUUACAGAAAGAAGAAGAACAGCAUGAAGUCACUGAUGAAAACUUUACAACGAGCUGGAGAGAACAGUCCUCUGAAAAACAAAGAAUCAAAUACCAAAUUAGAGAAUACAAACAGUGGAAAUGAGCUGGGUAAUUCUUCUGAAGAUCCAGUACAAUCUCCAACUUCACCAAAAGAAGAGUUUACUAAACAGGAAUCUGGUAGAUGGAGACUUCGCUUUGGAAGUAAAAAAGAAAACACAUGCAAACAGCAGCUGGAGGUGUGCCAAGGGGUUAUGAUGCCAUCAGAGACAAAGAUAUCAGAGGUUACAGAAGAAACAGCUGAAGCCUGGAAGGUAUACAAGCUACCUGAGAUCCCCCUAGUACCUUUAUCAGUAAUGCAGAUUAGCAAUCUCAUUAAAAACAAUAUCCUGGAAGAGGCCUAUAUCAAUAUACUCUCUAUGCGUGAGGAGUUCCAACGUGAGCUGGAAGCAUUGGGUGAAAAAUCUUUUCCGACUGAACUGUUAAAUAAAAAGAAAGACUUGAGUCUACUCAACAACAACUUGAAAGAUAAACUUUGUGAAAUUGUCCAGCAAUCCUCUGCUGAGCCGACUUGCCAUAAAGAGCUGCUAGUGCAGGUGGCUGUCAUUAUCGAAGGGGAGGAAAACAGAAAAGUUGCAGGGCAGAAUGAGGAUUGGAGAGAGGUCUGGAGGACUGCAGUAGAGAAAGGACUGAAAGAGACAUUCAAGAAGAUUCACCUGGACAGCCAUGAGCAAAAUGUUUCCUGGUUGGCAAUACAUUUAGGACUAGUGGGAAAAGUGAUUGUUGAGCAGUUGAAGAAAGUAAAAGCAGAGAUUAUAAACACUUACCCACCAAGCUUUAAUGUGUUUGAAACAUACGUUUCAACCAUUAAUAAAAUUGUUAGAGAACACCUGAAAGGGCUUCAGGAAAAAGUGACAGAAGCGAAGGACUGCUACGCUCUUCUGAAUUUUAUUUUGAAACAGUACCAUAGUGAAAAGAUUAUGGGAAACACUUCCUUGCAGCCAGAAUUAAAGGAGGACCUGAAAACUCUCAAACUAGAGGAUGAUUUUCUAGAUAAGAUCAAGAAUGCAUAUUGUGAUCACUUACGGGUAGAUGUGAGAUCAUCUCUGGACAACAUAAUUAAGCUGGAGCAUGAUGAGAUGUGGGAGGAAAAAAAUAAACCACAGAUUAAUGAUGAACUUUACCUCUCUCACAUUCACAUGGACAUCUUGAUGAAUAUUAAAGGACCAAUCCAGGCAUCAAGUUUGCUUGAUAUGAACUUGGAGCACAGAGUUAUUUGCUGCUACCUUCAUGAGCUCAAGGAAUUUCCAAAAAGGUUUGAGUCAGCCUUUGUACAAUGGAACAAAACUCUUCUGGAUCUCUCGCUAUGGACUGCAUAUCACAUUACAUACAUCAACAGCUUCAGAGACUUCAAAGAGAACAUUGAGAGCUACAGACAGAAGUGCCCAAGUCAGGUAGAACAACUAAGCAAGGAGAUAAAUGGGCUGGUUAUCAGACUGAUGCAGGCUCUUCUAGAGCAUUUCAAAACUGACACUAAGCCUCUUCUGAAGAUGAUGAUGACAAGGAAGUGGAUGUCCACUGAAGAAGACUUUAAAAAAUUGUACAAGAGAAUUGAAACGCUGUCCCAACAAUGCAAACACAUGUGUCCCCAAUAUGUAGAGGAAUUUGUGAGUGAUGUGCAUUACUUUGUGGUAAAGGAGUAUAUAUCUCAGUUUAUGAAGUAUAACUACUCAUGCAAAAACAGGAAGAAUGAAAAAGCUGCUGCCAAUAUAGGAGUGCAAUGGGGUGAACUCUGUGAGCUGUUCCAGGAAAUGAAUUCUGUUCAAAACUGGCUCUAUCCAGUAGGAGACCAUCUGCAAAAGAUCAUUGGAGAGAAAAAGAGUGAAAUAAAGAAUUACCUACUGCCUUUGGUUGAUGAGUAUCCGGAUUUCAGCCAAAAGCAUCUCUUGGCAGUACUGUAUUUUCGUGGCAUAAAACGGGGCAGGCAAAGACAGGUUAUCCUGCGGAAGUUUUCUGACCUGCAGCAACGUGUCAGGAAUGCUGGAAGUACAAAACAUGCACUAUUCAAUGAGAUGGAGGUAGCAGCAAGCCCAGACUGCCUAGUCAAUAUGCCUUUCUGUUCUUUCUUCUAAUUAACUGCUCGCAUACUAGUCCAGUUAAUGCUUGGUGCUGCCAAAAAAACUUUUUGCUGUAUAAUUUUUAAGUUAAUAGAAAGUAAUAUCAGGGCUUUUAAAACUCCUCUGCUAGGGUUUUAGAUCAAACACAUACUGUAAAACAGUGGCAGCCAUAGGAGCUGAUUUGCAUUAAAGCUGAAAUUACGAAUUUAGAGCAUUUUCGCGUUUAUUAAGACUUAUCGACUGUCUAAUGGCAUGGGAUAAUUGUGUAUAAAAUAAAUAUUUGGUGCAGGUAUAAAUAUAGGUGUUCUGCUAAAAUAAUAUCUAUUUUUAAAUGUGAAUUUUAGGAUUCAUGUAGUUAGUGUCACGUCUAAUAAUUGUUCAAUUUUAUAAUGUAUUUCUAAUUUAUUUUCCAAUCAUAUGACGAUAAUUGAUAAAGAUCCUGUGGUUAUACUGUGUCUGUUGGAAAAAUAAUGCUGUGUUGUGUUCUACAUUCUACAUCUACGUUUUUUUUGAAAAUCCAGAGUAAUGUCAAUAACAGGAAAAGAUAAAACAGCAAUUUCAGACUAUAUUGGAACACAAGGAAAACACAGAAAGGAAAUGAGAAGGGCUAACAGGAUGCUCUAAAUGAGAGACAUCAAUUGGGAUAGGUCUUGGGAUAGAACGAAAAUAAAAAUUGGCAGUGAAAGACUUUACUCACUGUGUAAAGUAUUUACAAGAGGCUGUAUAUAGGAAUCAUAAGGCAUUUUUUGCGCCAUUGCAGCAGCUUGAAUCUGAUGACAGUGUACACCCAUGUGUGGCCUGACUACAGGAAAAUGUGUGAAAAUAGCCAGUAAUUUUUUAAAGCCUAAAAUAUUUAAUGUAAAUAUUAUUAUUAUUAUUAUUAUUAUUAUUAUUAUUAUUAUUAUAGAAACAGUCUUUAUUUAUGAGGAAAUGUGACUUUGUGUCUGUAUUUAUAAGUAUAUUGUUAAAUAGUUGUUUAACAAUAUACUUUGUCUAUGUUAAUUAUUAACAUACUUGAUUGUUUAUCAUUUUUCUGUGAGAACAACCCUCUCAUUGGUAAAAAUGAACCUGGGCAUUUGAUGAAGCAGAACAUCUUUGGGUUUUACAUAGUAUACAAUCAAAUAAAUCUAAAAUGAAAAAUGCAAUAUCCUUGUAUAUUCAUCUCCAUAUAGAUUUAAAAGAGCAGAAAGCUGGAGAAUUAAGGCAUUUGGCAUGUAUAAAGUCUAAUAAAAUAAUGUGUCUCUACUGAAAA